GCAUUAAAUAAAAAUACAUUUAUGCCCUUAAAGAUUGCUUAAAUCUUGAUUUAAAAUGUCUCUAGACGUACAGGGAACGUUUGUGUCUCAGAAGAUCAAUAAAAUCAGGUGGAUACCUGAAGAUUACGUUGAAACAAAGUGUUUUUUAACUGGAAGUUGGGACGACUACACAAAUUUUGUCAAAGUUUGGUCAUUUGAGAAACCCCACGAAGAUGAUGAUGAUGAUGUGGAGUAUCCUCGUACAUUAUCGGAGUACACUGUGGAAGAUGACGUUACGCAAAUAAAGUUCACAGAAAAGAAUAAAAUAGCCGUAUCUACGUCCGAUGGAGAGGUUAUUUUGCUUGCAAUAAGCGCGUAUGAGAAGGAUAUGCCGUUGAAGGAAGUGUUUCACUGGAAAAAUUUACAUAAUUUUGGCUCAGAGCAGUGUUCAUGUACGUCUUUAGACACAAUAGAAGGCGACAUAGUGUCCAUAGGUGAAGAUGGCCAUAUCAACAUUCUCAGCGGACGGAGAGGAGACAUCACACGCUCUAUCAAAGAAGCUGAUAGCUGCUCUUUACAUUCUGUUUGCUUUUUUAAACAUAAUGAACUAAUAACAGGCAACAUUCGCGGUCAUAUGAAGAUUUGGGAUCUUCGGUCUCCAGAAGACAAACCUGCUGCAUCAUUUCUUCUAGCUGGAGAUGAAGCGGCUGCCACCUGCAUUGUUAACCAUCCUACUCAGCCACAUAUAGUUCUUGCGGGCUCAGAAUCUGGAGCACUAGCUGUAUGGGAUCUACGUGUGAACUCAUUCCCAACAUCUCUACUUAAUGCUCAUGCUGCUGGUGUGUCAGAAAUGCAAUUCCACCCUGAAAACCCUCAUAAACUAAUUUCAUGCUCUGUUAGCGGAGAGAUAUGGGACUGGAACAUGGAAUCGCUGACCAAAAGUACAAAAGGCCCUGAUAAUCAACCGUCUACAUGGAUGCCCUUGGAGGAUAAAAGCCCUAUGAUGGUAAACUCACUCAUGCCAACGCUACAUAAGGCAAUUAACACUCUCGAUUGUGACAGAGGAAGGAUCCUUUGUGGUGCUGAUAAUGAAGCCGUGUAUUUAAUGAAGAAUUACAAAUAUUGAUUGGUCAGUUACGUAAUAAAACAGGUUCUUUUUAAAUACAGGUAUUUUUAUUUAUUGAAGUAAAUACACUUAGAAAUAUUAUUAUAUCAAGUUUAUAAACUAAACACCAAGUCAGUCUUUGCUUGCCUAGUCAAAGUAUUGGUAAAAUAUUAUACAAUAACGUUUUGAAAUAGUUCUUACAGGUUUGGAAUAAAAUUUACAAGUAAAUUACAAAAUAUCAAUAAAAGGCACCAUGGUGAAAACACAAACGCUGCAAUCUUG